GAACUGGAACGCGCGGGAUUAGAAUUGCAAAGCAAUUUUCUCUGCGAAUUCUUAGGGUUUCUGAAUUCUGUGCCCUAAUCGAUUUCUCUUUAGUCAAAAGCAAAGCUUUGUCGUUUCUCCAUUUCGUUUACGGAUUCAAGAUCCUCGUCUUGUUCUUCUCUGCCUGCAAUUAUUUAGUAGGGAGGAGGAGGAGGUCGAACUGAGAGCGAGAUGGAGAUUUCAGCUCUUUUAACAUCUGCUGGAAUCAAUAUUUCGAUCUGCAUUGUGCUUCUUUCCCUUUAUUCAAUACUCAGGAAGCAGCCAGCCAAUUACUGUGUCUAUUUUGGAAGAAGGCUUGUUUGUGGAGGUGCUAGACGUUAUGAUCCUUUCUGGUAUGAGAGGUUUGUGCCUUCUCCAAGUUGGCUUGUCAAAGCAUGGGAAACUAGUGAAGAUGAGUUGUUAGCUGCUGCUGGUCUUGACGCUGUUGUUUUCCUCAGGAUGGUGAUUUUCAGGUUUUCCCAAAUUGCUUUUUUUUUUGUUUGUUUGUUCUGCUUCUUUGGUUCUCUUCAACGAUUUGCCUUAGUGUUUUUUUUUUCUUUUCUUUCCUGCAGUAUUCGUAUUUUCUUUAUCACUGCUGUUGUUUGCAUCGCCUUUGUGCUGCCUGUUAAUUACUAUGGGCAACCGAAGGUGCAUAAGGAAAUCCAUUUGGAGUCAUCCGAAGUGUUCACCAUUGAAAAUCUUAAAGAAGGCUCAAAAUGGCUAUGGGUUCAUUGUCUUGCACUGUACAUUAUAACCUCAGCAGCAUGUCUUCUUCUAUACUUUGAGUAUAGGACCAUAGCCAAAAUGAGGCUUGGACAUAUUACUGGAUCUGCCUCAAAGCCAAGUCAAUUUACCGUUCUUAUCCGUGCUAUUCCAUGGUCUCCUGACCAAUCUUACAGUGACACACUGAGCAAAUACUUCACAAAUUAUUAUUCCUCAAGCUAUAUGUCCCACCAAAUGGUUUACCACAAUGGCAUCAUUCAGAGACUUCUGCUUGAUGCGGAGAGGAUGUGCCAGAGUCUAAAACAUGUUGCUCCUGAAAUUAAUUGUAAACCGAGUUUGACUCCAUGCACCUUUUGUGGAGGGCUUACAGCCACAAAUUCUUUUCACAUCCUCUCUAAUGAGGGUGACAGUGUAAAAGGAAUGGAGCUUGGUGAGUUGACUAUGACUACACCAGAGCAAGAACGUCCAGCUGCUUUUGUGUUUUUCAAGACACGCUACGAUGCACUUGUAGUUUCAGAGGUUCUACAAACAUCAAAUCCUAUGUUAUGGGUGACAGACUUAGCUCCAGAACCUCACGAUGUGUAUUGGAGAAACCUUAACAUACCUUAUCGACAACUUUGGAUACGGAGAAUAGCAACUCUCGUUGGUGCAGUUGCCUUCAUGUUUGUGUUUCUUAUUCCCGUGACCUUCAUUCAAGGGCUAACACAACUACAGCAGCUGUCUCAUGCAUUUCCCUUUCUAAGAGGCAUCUUGAAGGAGAAGUUUAUAAACCAGGUCAUUACAGGGUACUUACCAAGUGUGAUCUUGAUUCUGUUUUUCUACGCCGUUCCACCAUUGAUGAUGUAUUUUUCAACUCUGGAGGGAAGUAUUGCGCGGAGUAUAAGGAAGAAGAGUGCAUGCAUCAAAAUCUUAUAUUUUACUAUCUGGAAUGUGUUCUUUGUCAAUAUUUUAUCCGGUUCUGUUAUCAGGCAAUUGAAUGUUUUUUCUAGUGUCAGGGACAUACCUGCACAACUCGCAAGAGCAGUUCCGACACAGGCUGGCUUCUUUACGACCUAUUGUUUCACAUCUGGGUGGGCCAGUUUGGCUUGUGAAAUAAUGCAACCAAUGGCUCUCAUAUGGAAUCUGGUAGCAAAAGCUGUUUCAAAGAACAAGGAUGAGUCAUACGAAACACUAAGGUUCCCAUACCAUACCGAAAUUCCUAGGCUGCUUUUGUUUGGGCUCCUGGGUUUCACCAACUCAGUCAUAGCGCCACUUAUUCUGCCGUUUUUGUUGAUAUACUUCUUCCUUGCAUAUCUGAUAUACAAGAAUCAGAUACUCAACGUGUAUAUCACAAAGUAUGAAAGCGGUGGACAAUACUGGCCUAUCUUUCACAACACAACAAUCUUUUCGCUGCUCUUGACACAGAUUAUAGCUUUGGGUUUUUUCGGAUUAAAGCUGUCAACUGUUGCUUCUGGUUUCACCAUACCGUUAAUUCUUCUCACUCUGCUUUUUAGUGAGUAUUGCCGGCACAGAUUUGCGCCCAUUUUUCACAAACAUCCCGCUCAGGUGCUUAUAGACAUGGACAGAGCUGAUAAAAUGGCGGGAAAGAUGGAAGAGUUACACAAAAAGUUACAUAGUGUGUACUCGCAAAUACCAUUACACUCUCAGAAAUCAUCGAGCAAAGGCGAAUGCAGUACUCCUUUCGCGAAUCAGGAGUUACCGGAUCCAGAGAAAUUGAAGCCAGAGGAAGGAGAUGCAAUAGCUAAAGAGUUAUGGGGCUAUCAGGGCAAUGAGUCUGGUCAAGAACAUGAAGACAAGUCGUGUCCUAGUGCUUCUUCACCAGAGCAUCGUACCCCAACGAUGAUCGAACUCCACAAACGGAGUUAGAACGUUUUCACAGGUGGAAGUAAUUAGUAAUGCUACGUGCUCGUUCAAUCACUGAGGCUUCAAUACGCAGAAGAAUUUUCUGUCCAAGGGCUCGGCUCCAAAAGGAGUCAAUGGUAAAUGAGAAUACUCAGUCACUGUAAAUAGAUAUGGAAUUCAUUUUCUUCGGUUGGAACUACACCACGGAAAAGCAUUAAAGCAAGUACAGUCUUCUUGUUAGAAAUUAAGGAUGUAGGUUUUAUAGUUACUGCAAGAAGAAAUGUUCUUGAGAUUUCUCAAAAGAAUGAAGAGCAAAACAACUCUUUGUUUGUGCU